CCUACUGCAGUAGAGUUAAGGGCCCUUCAAAAACUGCUUUUCUAGAAAACUAGGCAGCUAGAACUGGAUCGGUGUCCUGAGGAAUUUUCCAGGACACUGCAUAUCUAUUGGUUGAGUUCCUAUCUAUAUCCUGGUGCACUGAGUAUAUUGCAAAUUCAGUUUCUCUGUGGUUAAAUUAGGAUUUCUUUUACCCGUUUCCAUAUCCUUCCUGUCUCAUCUAGCUCUCACUACACACUUAGCUACUAAAUUCUUUUUUUUUUAGUUAUUGUACCAUUAAAUGUGGUUUCAUAUUUAGACAACCUAGGUUAUUGUCAGAGACGCUUUUGAGUUAUGCAUGUUUCUUAACUGUGGGAUCUAGUAUGGAGACAUGACAAGUCAGCAUAGUUAUCAAGGAUUUGAAAAUUUUCUCUCCAUUCAGCUAGUAAAGGUCUCAAACCCACAACUGCCUGCUUCCCUGUCACAAUGCCUCUGUGACAAACUUAAAGGCUAAACAUUGGGUUCUGCUGAGAGAAAUCUCUAUCUCCUCACUAAAGAACCCUUGAUGUCCUUUACUCAGAUUGCUUAGUGGAAUAAUUUUGAUCUAGCCUGACCCUCCUGUUAUAUGUCUGUGAAAGAAAGAUGGCUUCUCUCUUUAGAGCCCCUGAUGCACAGUUUUCUUUCUCUCUGUUUGUUAAUCACAGGAAGAGCUGUGUCAUACUGCAGCUCUGUUUCUCUAACCUGAAUUAGUCAGAGGUGCUAAGAAACAGGGGUCGUGUUUACUUGUUCAUUGUGAUGAUGGAUGGGGUUGUGAGGGCUUCACCAACUUUACCUACACUUUAUACACACACACACACACACACACACAUAUUGUUUUUGAAUUAGCAAAACAUUAUCUUAAGAGAACUAACCCUCAGAAUGAUCCAUUUAGCAGCAUGUAGGUUUUGUCACUUCCUGGGAAAUGACACCCCUAGGUUAAAGGCAAUAAAAACCUAAAUUUAACUCUUAAUUUCUUGAAUAUUUUGUGAACAAAAAUGCUCAAUAAAGAGGAUAUCGAAUCGCAAACAACUAAAGCACAAGAACAAGGAGUUGCCAAUUGUAAAUGAGGAUUGGAUGAAAUGAGCAUUUCUCUCCAUAACCAAUGAUUAUCAGUUGUUGUACUGCCAGGUCCCUGUGACACAGAAGAGAUAUGUUGUAACUAGUCUAUGGUUGAGUGAAAUUAUAAUGCAGAUAUGGUCAGUGUAAGAGCAUAGUGCAGAAAUAUAUUUUUUAAUUUGUGUGAGAAUGUGGAUGUAUGUGAAAGAUAGGGAGUUCAUAGGUAAGUGUGAUAAUUAUUGAAAAUUGUUGUGGUUCACCAGCAUGUUCACCAAGAAGGACAUAUGUUAAGUAACACUUACUGGGGGUUUCAGUCAUUAAUUUCCCUACAAUCAGAAAGUGAAUGACAUAUCCUUUGUUCUACUCUAGAAUCCUCAAAGAGGAUUCUAAGUGCAGAAAGCGGUGAGUACUGAUCAAGAGAACAUAUCUUUCUAUGUGGAACUCAGGUAAAACUGGGUUUUGGGUGUCUUGUUUUGUUUUUUAAAUUUACCAUCUUAACCAUCUUUUUAAAAGUCUCUAUUGAAUUUGUGACAGUACUCCUUCUGUUUUAUGUUUUUGUUUCUUGGCCACGAGAGAUGUGGUAUUUUAGCUACCCAACCGGGGCUCAAACCUGUGCCUGUGCUUAGUCACUCAGUCGUGUCCAACUCUCUGUGACCCCAUGGACUGUAGCCUACCAGAUUCCUCUGUCCAUGGGAUUUCCCAGGCGAGAAUACUGGAGUGGGUUGCCAUUUCCUUCUCCAGGGUAUCUUCCCAACCCAGGGAUCGACCCAGGUCUCCUGCGCUGUGGAUUCUUUACCGUCUGAGCCACUAGGGAAGCCCUCAAACCUGUAUCCCCUGAAUUGAAAGGUGACGUCUUAAUCACUGACCACCAGGGAAGUCUCUAAGACUUUUGCCUUAAUUUUGUUUUGCCCUCUUCCCAGCCUUGUGACCUUGCACAUGAGCAAGAGUACCCAUUUUCUCACUCUUGUCAACUCUCCAUUGAAUCAUUUUUCCCCACUUCAUUAUAAGUAAAAUCGAAAUCUCAUUGCUGUUUACAUUUGCAUUUCUUUAUUAGGGAAGGUGAAUAUCUUUAUGGAUUGUUUAAUUUUAAUUUUUACUUUGGAUAUUUGAGUUUUGAGGAGCCCCAUUGAACAGCAUAUCCCUUUCUCCACUGAACAAAUUGAACAAACUGAUAUAAAACAAAUGAAGUUGCAGAUGGAAGCCUAAACAUCAGGUUUUGUACAAGGUGAAAGUAAACUAAAGGGCAUUGAUUAUUGAGUCAACUGGACUUUAAAACAGCAAAUUUAAACAAUUUUACCAAACAGCCUGGAGGUUUGCAACUAUAUGGGAAGGACAGAGGUCCCUGUAGUUGAACUGUGUGAGCUUGCUCACAGGAAAGUUAAUAUUGGGAGUGGGUAAGAAUUUUUCCCUCAGAACAUUGUGAAUUGUCUAUUUAUGUCUCUUGCUCAUUUUUUUUAACCUCACUCUCUUCCUUAUUAAUAUGUAAGAGCUACUUUAAGGCUAUUUUUUGAAUAAGAACCAGUUUGUCAAAUUUAUUCUUGUGUUUUCAACUUGCUUUAUAGUGUUUUUAAACCAUAAAUAGUUUUUUUUCAGUUUUAAUAUAUCAGAGAUAUAUUUCUUAUAUCUCUCUUCAUUAAGGAUUUUGGUACAUGUUUGUGUUUAAAAAAUUACUUGACUUGAAAAAAGCUGAAACUUUCUGAAGGAUAAAUGAGAGAAACUGAGUAACAGAAACAUAUCAUGUCCCAGGGCCAGAAGAAUUAACACUGUACAGUUUUAAUUCUCCACAAAACAGUGUAUCCAUUCACUGUAAUCACAAGCAAGGACUUAGCAGGUCUUUUUAGUGGACCAUGACCAGUUGAGUCUUAAAAUCUUUUGUAAAAAUGUUAACAGAAAGGGCAAGAAAAUAUGUAAGAGAUAUUUUCAACUGGGUCUUUACUAUAUGAUAAAGAGAUUUGCUGUUUCUCUUCAGGAAGUUACCUACCCUUGUGGUAUGAAUGGAAAUGAAAGAGACACAAGUUGCCAUUUCUCUUUCAAGUCCUUUAGAAAUGAACGUUUUUCUCCUUUAAGUGAAUUUCAGUUAACUUGGCAAUUCUCCUCCCUCUAAUUGAGGGAAAGGCCCCCUCCUUUCCCCAUCACAGGGAGGGGGCGGAGCAUCCUCUGAGAAGCUUGGAUGUGAGCUGUGCCUGGCCACUCUUGGGGGAGGGGCUGCAUUUCACGAGGCUGCAGCUGACAAGAAGCUUCAAGCUGAAAUUUUCCUGGACCUGAUCAAGUGCGUAGCCUGGUUGCUGUGUUGACUACAGCCCUGUCUGUGUCCUCCUUGCAACUCAUUCUUUCAGACAACAGCUUAGGUUAAUGUCUGAGAUGCACAUGACCUGGGGAAUCUUCAGGAAUCUGUGACACCAAUUGAGCCCCAGAGGGGCAGCACAACCUCAGAAGUGCUGAACAGGGAGAAGGCCCUGCUGCGGACAAGCAGCUGGAGUGAGAAUAAAAACAACGGGAUCAUAGGGGCAACUCUGCACGAUCCAUGUGACAUUGGAGAAGGACCGUCUGUCUUCAUCACAGGGAGGGGGCACAGCGUUCUCUGAGAAGCUUCGGAGUGAGCUGUGCCUGGCCAGUCUUGGGGGAGGAGCAGCAUUUCACUGAGCUGCAGCUGACAAGAAGCUUCAAGACAGCCUGUCUCUUUUUGCAGUAAGAAUCAAGACAACCAGAUCACAGAGCCAGACCCUUCCUGAUCCACGUGACUUUGGUAUCUUCCAUAUUGUCCAUUCAAACAACGUGUUCAAGCAUCCUUGGGAAGUUCAGCUGGAGGAGAACAGGCCACACAAGCUAUAAACACUUUGUAACUCUUUGUAGUCUUAAAAGGGGCAUUGGUCAAAGUAUUGUUUGUGGUAGGGACUUCCUUCACAGUGACAAGAAUAGCCAGACACAUAAGUCUCUGAUAUUAACCUCUUGGCACAUAAAUAUAAGUCAUAAUGGAUGCUGAGUAUGUCUUAUGCAAUUGGCAAGACCAGUUGUGGCCAGCAAAAGUUUUGUCCAGAUCUGAGGCUUCGUCAAAUAGUAAGAGGAAAAAGGUAUUUUCCCUGGAAGUUCAAAUACUCUCACUGGAUGAAAAAAUUCAAAUGGAAAGCACAGAAACAAAGAUCCUAACUAAAUCUCAAGUUGAAGCUAUUGCCUCCUCACUAGCCGCACAGUCAGAGGUCAGUGACCCACCUGGAGAGGAAACAGCCUAUGCCAGGUCAUUAAAAAUGGCACUGGAUAUUCUGAAUGAGAGAACAAAUUUGAUUCAAGUAAGCAGUUCAGAUGACGAGGAGACCACUAUACUGUCUCAAAACAUACCACAAAAGCCAUCUGAUUCACCCCCUCGUAAAAAGUAUCGGAAGCACGAAGGAGAAGGAGACUUACCAAAGUGUCUGGAGGAAAAUGAAAAUUCAACAACCCUGUUAGUAUCAUCAGAGAGUGAUGAUUCUCUGUAUGAUGAUAAAUCACAGGUGCAUACAAUGAUUGCUAGUAUUCCAAAUGAAAUGGAAACAAAAUCAUCACAAAACCUCAGCUGGUGCCAGACUUUCCCUUCACUUUCAGAAGAUGAGGAUGAAAAAGAGAGCAAGAAAAAGAUUGACCUCUCAAUUUUGCCUUUACUUUCCACAAUUAAAGAGGAAGAUGUAUAUGUUAAAGAGGAAAAAUUCAGUCCAACUUUACCAUCAGAUGGCUUCAUUGUGCCCAAAGCUUUAAAAGAGGAGCCAGAAGACAUCUACCCAGAGGCCCUGGCCGCAUCCUCUGAAUGCUCUGCCUUCUCAGAGAAUAUUGAAGAUCCUGGAGAGGGUCCCUCUGAUCCAUGCUCAGUUACCAGCCAGAAUCAACCUACUGUGGAAUCAGAGACGGAUGCUGAGGCGUUCCCUCAGCCUUCUUCAUGGGAACAUCAGAUUUCAUUUAGUGCCUCUAGCCAUUCUGGGGAUUAUUCACUCCUCGGGAGUAAUGAAAGAAAUCUUCAGAGACUGGAUUUUGAGGAAUUUGAGGAAGAAUUGCAAGCUUCUGACAAGUCAGCACGUGUAAGUUCGAUUGCUGCAUCCAUAUUAGAUGAUGAUGAAGAAGAUGAAGAACUUCCACGUUUCCUUUUUCAUUAUGAGCAACGUUCAUUUGAAACAGGGAUGAUUGUCUGGUUUAAGUAUCAAAAAUAUCCAUUUUGGCCAUCAGUGAUAAAAAGCAUCAGGCGAAAAGAGAGAAAAGCAAGUGUGAUUUUUGUUGAGGCAAAUAUGAAUCCUGAAAAGAGAGGCGUUAGAGUGCCUUUUAGAAGAUUAAAGAAAUUUGACUGUAAAGAGAAGCAGGCACUAGUGGAGAAAGCCAGGGAGGAAUACAGUGAAAGUAUUGACUGGUGCAUCUCGCUUAUUUGUGACUACAGAGUUAGAUUAGGUUGUGGUUCUUUUGCAGGCUCAUUUUUUGAGUAUUACGCUGCUGACAUUAGUUAUCCAGUUAGGAAAAUAAUCAAACAGGAUACCUUCAGGAAUUUAUUUCCAAAGCUGCAAAAUGAAAAUACUGGAGGAUCAAUGUCUGUGACUUCCCAGACCAAGAAAAUGUCCUUCCAGAAAAUUCUUCCAGACCGAAUGAAGUCUGCUCGGGACCGAGCCAACAAGAACCUAGUGGACUUCAUCGUGAAUGCAAAGGGAACAGAGAGCCAUCUCUUAGCCAUUUUAAAUGGCACAAAAGGGUCCAGGUGGCUGAAAUCAUUCUUGAAUGCAAAUAGAUUCACACCCUGUAUUGAAACAUACUUUGAAGAUGAAGAUCAGUUGGAUGAGGUGGUGAAAUAUUUACAAGAAGUCUACAAACAAAUAGAUGAAAAAAUGCUGACUCGGAUAAGAGAUGAUAAAAUUAAAUUUAUCCUGGAAGUUCUUCUGCCAGAAGCAAUCAUCUGUUCAAUUUCUGCUGUUGAUGGAUUAGAUUACAAGGCAGCAGAAGCAAAGUAUCUGAAGGGGCCAUCUCUAGGAUACAGGGAAAGAGAAUUAUUUGAUUCAAAGAUCUUGUUUGAAAAGAGGCGGAAACCGUUAACAAAGGAAGAUCAUUAAAUCUUCUGAGGGUCCAGUGACAGGGAGCUUCCAUAGAUUCUAGUUUAAAAGAAAAAUCUCUGAAUGAUUUUAACGUUUUUUUUCCAGAAAUGGGAGACUUUGGGUGAUAUGUUCACUUCUUUUUGCAAUAUCUAGGAUCUAUGACCUGUUGCUGCAUCUUCAUUUCCUUUUCUUUCACUUCUUCAACACCAAAUUAUUUACAUAUUUCAGCAGUUCUACUUUCCUGUGCAUUUUUAGAAAGCAUAAUUCCAAUAUGAUUAAUAAAGGAAAGUACUAUUUUGUUUUUUUGACAUUUUUGUGUCUAUGCUGUAUAGUUAAAUAUAGUGUGCACAAUUGUUUUAAUAUUAAAGUUGCACUGGUAUGAGAUAUUAAGCAAGAUAAUUAGGAAAAAAAGCUUCAAUUAUAUAUUUUUGCUUAAUUUUUAUAAAAUAUUAGACUUUCUCUUAAGAUAGCUGAAUUAUUUUUCCUGCCAUGCUUAUUUAUUUUUGGAAAAAUAUCUCUGAGAUACAGAACCAAAGAUAGAGAUGCUUUGCUAUAUGUUACAACUGAACGCAAUUGCUUUUGCAAGAAAACAAUCUGGACUUCAAAAAUAAAGUAAAUGGAUUAUCUGCAUGCAGUCAAUGUGUGUGUGAAUAACAUCUCAGCAUGCAGAAAAUAAUUUUGGCAGCCUUGAACAGGAUUAUUCAUUCUACAGUUCCAUGAAAUUCCAUGUGUGGGAGUGUCUAUUGUUCAAUAGCCAGAACAGUUUCUUAAAACAGACAGGCUUUCUGCUGCCUUCAUAACUAACAUUGACUGUAUCUUAAUAUAGCCUUCUGACCACUUAUAGAAGGCAGCUAGAAUCAUUGUAUUCAUGGUCUGGCUACUCUAGAUGUAUGAGUCCAGACUGACUGCUUAAGAGCCCACCUAGUUGAUAUAAAUAUUGGUAGAAAAUGCAAGCACUUUGUUCUGAAUCUUGUAUCUCCAAAUACAGAGUUGCUUGCUUCAAAUCAAGCAUUUUUUAUCAUCUGGCUUAUUUGUACAGUAGUUCCAGUUGCUUUCAAUAAUAUAAAUUCCAACUGGUAAAUCAUUCCACAUUACUAAAAAGAAUAGAUGGACCAGAAUCUGUGAAUUUGGAAAUGGGUCACAGAAAAAGUCUCUGUUUGGACAAAUAUGACAAUUAUCCCAACAUGUUUAAAAAUACACUAUUGAAAGUUAAAGUCUGAAGUCAACAAACUGUUUAUUCUAACUUGAAACAAGACUUUUAGUGAGAAUAAAUAUUGAGAGCUAUUUUAUUUUAAAAACUUGAUGUAAAACUAAAUCCUAAAGGCUUAAUGUGAACCUGUCUGCAUUUUUCAAAGUGAGACAAAUGUCAUUCCUGGGGUUUUGUUAUGUGUUCACAUGGCCUUGUGUUUAUGUAAAAAUUGCAGAAAUUUGAUGUUUUGCUUUUCAAUAAAACUAUUAUAUGUUUCACCUUGGAUGUUCACUUCACCAUACUUCAGAUUGUGCAGCUACAUAAGUGGUGUUUCUGCACACACACACACACACACACAUACAUGAUUUGUUUGGAAUUUUUGCUUAUUGCAGUUGUCAUAAUUGUAAUGCUUGUUAUACAUUAUCUUAUCAUUCUAAAUAAAUACUCACUGUUGUGAUA